UCCGUCAGCAGCAAAACAAACAGAAAACAUAUGCUCUGAUAUGUUCGCGAGUUAUACAGAGCCGCGAAGCAGUUAAAGCUCACGUGUUGACCGACGUUGAUCCAGUGCAAUAUCGUUUACUACUCGUCGCGUUCGUUUAGUGCUUUUGUUUCGUAAAAUCGAAAACGCAUGGUGUGUACUUUGCUUUGAGUGCAUGUGUCUGAAACACUAUCGAGCUACCAGGCUCCGGAUCCGGAAUGAUCAGCUGAUUUGGUGAUUUUGAUCAUUGACCAGUGCAGGCGGCUGUUGCCGGAGUAAAAGAUUAUCGCCAUGCUAAAAGUUCCCGCCAACCGGAGUGUCUGAGUGAGUUGGCCGAAGCGAAACGUUAAUAACGCUAAUAAAGUGCUGAAUGUAAGUGAAUCUAAGUGAACUUUACUUCCGCACGCCAUAGGGGCACACGUUACUGUUCACCAGCUGUGGCCAACCGAAACUUCUAAACGAACGCGCGCCUUCGUUCAAGUGACAUGCGAGAUUCAAACAAAACACGAAACCGUCAAGAUUCACAUUGGCCAUUUGCCAUCUACAACAAGCAAACGGUGCCAUCACGCUAAAUUUUCAUUUGUGCUACCAUUUACCUGCCCAAGCCAGCCGGGGAGCCUCACCUGAAGGUUGCGCAAACUGCAGCUCACGAACAUCGCCAGCACUGCAGUGCUAUCGGAAAAUCGCUUUUAAGUUAUGUAAAUUUCAUGCAAAACAGUGACCCUUUCGGCUGCUGCGGUAGAGACAUCCGACAAACUUAAAGUUCAGCGUAAAGUGAAAUUCGCGACACUAAAUAUGAGGGGUGAAAUGAAAACAAUAACAAUUUAAGACACGAACCACCGCGACGUGAACCACCGAAAGUAGAAGUGCCAUGCGAGCCGACAAAUCCGGAAAUCGGUCCGCGAGCAGCUAAUGGUUGUUACGGCCAUUCGGCCACAAAGAACUGCCGUGCGGCGAGAACGCGAAACAUCAUUGUCACACCAUGUCGCCAUGUGUUGGCAUGCGGCCUGAGAAGAGGAGCUGAAACAAACCGAGUGAAACAAGCGAAGAAAAAUGUGGAGAAAGUAAAACAUACAUACGAAUGGUGUGCUACCAUUGCUGCUAGGGGUCAAAGUAUAUUGGAAUCAGUUUUACAUCUUCCCCAGCACCCAGCCGCAAAAGCUCGUUGGCGUGUGAUCACUUCGUUUCAACCAUUCCGGCCUGCAGAGCUAGUCACCCAUACGAAAGCUAGCUCAGCCCGCGAAAGAAGAACAACGGCAACCAGCUUUGACCAAAGUCCACAUUCCAUUCGUCGCUUUAAUUACCAAGAAAAUUAUGUUCCGCUUAUCGUCGUAUGUAACUUGCAAUCAAAUUAAGCCUCGUCCGCCUACCGACUCGACCACGAAUCAAUCAGAACCUUGUUACGGUGGGAGGUUAUAAGGUGUAGUUUUGGGAAUUUUCACCCAGUUGCACAGUUGGACAGCACGUGGAAACGGUUGGACUGGACUGCCGGGCGACGAGCUAUACAUCCCCCGAGGAGAGAAUCAUGCAAAAUGCACAAACAAUGUGUAUGGCCAUUUUGCUGUUAAUCGUCGGCUGUUUCGUCGGUGCUGAAAACUUGCUCUUCUCAGACUGCGGAGUUAGAACAUCGCGCCGCCAGCCAAGGAGCAAUCUUACUAAAAUACCAACCACAGCCAACAUUAGCCACUCGAGCCUUACUCCAUUCGCCCGGAAUCCGAAAAUAAUGCACGGUACGCCCACGGUCGAAGGUCAGUAUCCGUGGCAGGUAUCGUUGGAGCUGCUCCACCCGUCGUACGGUUUUAUAGGUCACUGGUGUGGGGGAGUGUUGAUUGAUCGAAACUGGGUACUAUCGGCGGCCCACUGUAUUCACAACGAUUUGUUCAACUUGCCGCUUCCGGCGCUUUGGACAGUGGUUCUUGGCGAGUAUGAUCGACGGUCUGAAUCCGGGUUCGAGCAACGCAUACCGGUGGAUAAAAUCAUUCUACACGAAAAGUAUCACAACUUCAAGCAUGAUCUUGUGUUACUGAAGCUGGGAAAGCCGGCCAAUACGUCGCCAAACUCUCGCGUAAGGAAAAUAUGUCUUCCGUUUGCCGACUUUAAAGUGAACAGCAUGACGUUUGAUCCACGGCCCGGGCAACAAUCGAAACUGGGCCCACAAAACAAGCCAGCAUAUUUCUUCGACAAAAGCCAGAGCGCCGAUUCAGAGGACCCAACAGCACCGGAAGACGACAGUUUGUACGGAGAAGACGACGGUGAUGGCUUUCCAGAGCCCGUUCCGUUUAGGGAUGAAAACUUUUUGAGACACUUUAAAAAAUCCUUACAAGCGGCAUCUCCCAACGAUCGACCGUUACGAUCGCGCACCGCACGGUACAUGAUCAACCAUUUGGUAGCGGAAAGGGUCCGGUCGCUUCGGUCCAACCGUACUCGCGACAAGAUCGAAACUAAAGCUACUGACGAAGGGAGCGCUGGCCGACCGAAUCAUGCCAGCCGGUCAUCGAGACGAAUGUUCAACGUGGACCUGUUCAAACCAGACAGACACAGUCCACGGCCAAACAAUGGCAGAAAACGGUGGAUUUACCAUCCAUUUGAAGGAAACAUUGUCUUGACGCGCAACGUGGUGGUGCCCCAUCACCAGCAGCAUCACCGGGCGAACUUGAACAGCAAAUUCGGCAACAAUAGGCGACGGAACGAUAAAUUUUCCCAUGCUCCAGUUUACUAUCGCAAGGAACCUAACUACCGAACCGAUGACGGUCCCAUCGAUCCCGCAUUACCAGAACCCAAUGGUCCGACGGCACAUUCCGCAUCGGAUGCUGAGACGGAUGGCAUCCCUGGUACGAGCGCAAUGCCAGACACAUCGCAGUACGUCGACUGCUUAGCAACAGGUUGGGGAAAAUCGACAAUCGAUGAUGAGCUAACCGACGUCUUGCUGCAGACACGCGCACCGAUACAGAGCAGUAAGAAGUGCGAGGAAGCGUAUGGAGACUUUAUCAAGCUACACCGUGGUCACCUUUGUGCUGGAAACCUAGACGGAGCCGGUGGAACAUGUGUGGGUGACUCUGGUGGUCCAUUGCAAUGUCGCAUAAGCAAACGGGGACCAUGGAUAUUGGUGGGAAUAACAUCCUUCGGAUCUGGUUGUGCGUUUAAAAACUAUCCGGAUGUGUACACAAAAAUUUCCUUCUACCGCCAGUGGAUAGUGGAAACUAUACAGAGUAACUAAAUUUACCUUGCACAAUGUGGUGUUGGUGUACCGAGCAGAAGAUUCUUCAAGAUGGUUUAGAUCGAAUUUAAUUGUGAUAUUACUUUAGCAACACGAUCGUUAAACAGAUAGAUAAUUCUGUAUAUUAAAUUAGCAAAUACAUUUAGUUCAUAGCGAUUAGGCAGUGGUUAGUGGUCCAACAUACCCUAUUGUCAUGUAAAAAGUAGUAUUAAAAUGUAAAAGUCUUGAGGUUUGAGAUUUAAAUUUAAACGUCAACAACAUUGUCGGUGCCCGUCUUCAGCAACAUGUUUUGAAUUAUGAUCGAUCGAUUAAGUCACAAACACAAGCGAUGUAUUUUCUUUUAGUGAUGUUAACUGUAAUCUUGUUUUUUUUUUUAAAUAAAGAUUAUGUCUUUAAAAACAA